CAUUUAUUUCAAUAAAUCCAUCAUAUGUCAAUCCAUUUUUGUCUUGUGGCAACAGCAAAGGACAAAUAGAAAACAAAGCUUCGUUCUGCAUGCAAGGAAUAAGCCAAAAAAGCAAAAGAAGCAAUACAAUUUUCGAAAACCUUUAAAUUUUAAAUACCCAACAUGGCGGCAUUUCCCGCCAAAACUAAUUUUGGAUAACAUCGGGCGAGGAACAAUGAAAAAUAUGAAAUAAUUUCUUAAAGAAGCUGACAAGCUAGAAAAUAUUUAAAAAAUAGAUAUCCAUUAUUAAAAUAAGCUGAAAUGUAGUAAAACUAAUACGAUGUAUUCCAUCUUUAAAAUUAUUAAAAAUUAAAAUUCUCUAAAAUACGGAACUUGGCAGCUCUCGAGUGAUGUUAUUUAAACCUUCUUUAAAAAUUAAAUUCGUAAUCGUGACUGACAAAUAUUUUAAAGAUGGCGGACGCAUUAACAGUGUGUGCUGCUUUGAUGGUUUUUAUUGGCUUUAGUUUUCUUUUCUGGUUUAUAAGACGGCUUGGAAUUUUACAACUUGAAGCGGCCAUGAUGCAAGACCAUUUUCAAACGCCGAAAGCAGAUCCUCAACCUAUGGUUGAAGUAAAAAAUCCAUUUAAAAUGACCGUAUCUUCUUCAUGUACUUUGGGUAAAUUUGUACAAAUUAUUAAAUUUAUUAAAUAGCACGUAAUAGAAUUUAUGCAAAAUAGUGCCGUCCAGUCAUAUUAAAUUAAGAAAUGGGAAUGACGGUAUUAACCAUUAGUUUUUGACUUUUUGUUGUUUUGAAAAUCCCACUAUUUUCCAUAUAGAAUACGUCUAAUACCCCAGAUAACAAGACUACAGCCUAGUUGAGUAGUUUCUAUAUGCUAGGAUGUUUAAACACCGACAGACAUCCAGUCAUGUGAUUCAGACUGGAAACUUUGCAGUGCCCACAGAAGAUCUUCUGUGCGCAUGCAAAAAUUCACAUGCACAAAAUUAUAUCUUCAGCAAUUAGUGUCAAGUGCACACUUGGCCUGUAAAAAAUAAAGUAUUAAGGAUUAGUAAUAAAUUCCCAAUGUUAUUUUUGCAAGGUUGUGUUGAGAUGAUAGUGAAUUGCAUGCAUCCAUGUCAUAUCACUUGCUACUGGAAGAUAAAAAAGCAAUAUCUGGAUCAAAUGGUUUAUCAAAGGUAUUUUAAUCAUUAAAUAAAGCAUUUGUUUUAGAUUAUUGUCAAAAUGCAGUAGGAAAUCAGAAUCAGUAAAAAUGUGUUUGAAAUAUUUGUAUGCAUGAGAGCCAAGCACACUCCCCUUGACGAGUAACAUUAUAAUCUGGUGUUAGAUAGAGUACAAAAUAAAGCAGGGUGCAUUGAAGUGCAAUGCAUUGAAGUGCAAUGCAACUUAAUGGGUUAACUUAAUAUAGACACAUGGGCCAAUAUAAUCAACCAAUAUAAUUACCUGUAAAACUUAACAUUAAGAAUACAUUUUGCAGCAAUUCUGAAGAUGAAAACGAAGAGGCUGGUGCAGCCAAUGUCAAUAACUUGCAGAUAAUGCUUGAGGAAAACUGUGAAACAAUAGUCAGUAAAGAUUUGUAUCUUUCAACUAUUAAAUAACCACAAUCAACACGGCUGUUUGCUAAGUUUGCCAGUGUUGUAAGAUUUUAGUCAUGUGCUUACUAAACUGCUAGACAUUUUAGGUAGACAAGUGUCCUAUUCAUGUCUUGCAGUCAUGCCUGAAUAUUGGAAGGUAUUAUGAACGGCAGAGACAGAGGAAACCUCUGUCUAUAUUCACCACAUGUCCCUGGAUGGCUCUUGGACUGUUGAAAGCCCCUUCAUUUGUAUACAUGAUCGCAAUAUAUUAACCCCUCCUAGAAACCUAGAUCCUGACAACCUACUUGAAAGGUACCCUACUGGAUGGUGCCCUCCCACUACUUUUGAAGAUGAUUUCACUAAGUAUGCUUCAUGUACAAAACAAUAGUACCAGAGUAAUAAUUACAUGAUCCUUAAUACCAAAUCAGUACAGAUAUUUGUUCAGGGAAAAAGCUAUCUUACAACGUUGAGGAUCUUAUGAAAGACCCCUCUGCUCAGAGAGAUGCCACAAAUGCAAUUCAGCUCUAUGAUGUGGUAGUCACCAUGGAACUAACCAAGGAACACAGGAAAACAAUAGAGUCACCAUCUAGCAUUGUAUGUAAUUAAACUAAAUGUGUCGUAUUGAUUGAGAAAGAUAUUUAUAUGGGAUAAUUAAAUUCUCUAUUAAAAAUUCAUGAACAUUUGAAUUACCUAACCAUCAUCUUUAUUGCAUGUAAUAUUCCACCCAACAUUGCAUGGACCCCAAGUUUGAAAUAGUAACUAAUUGCAAAUUAUUCUACUUCUAGACAGCCAUGUUGACUGGAAUUGAACUAAAAAGACAAAAUGAGAACUGGAAACCAUACGUUGUUCAACAAUUUAUCCGAACUAACAAUGGCAAUCUUUUCAAAUUAAAGGUAUCAAUAUAACAUCCACCAAUAACUCAUAAUUACUGUGCAAUCAAAUGGCCUAAUUAAGGGUAUGACUUUCCCCCCCCCCGAGGCCAAUGAUUUACAUGAAUUUAUUAAUUAAAGAGUUCAUGAAAUAAUACUUAAUUUCUCAUUUUAAUACUUUUUCAGAAAUUAUUCCUAGAAGAACUGACCAAUCACGAUGAAUCUCCAAGUGCCCAAGAACAAAGCGAUAGUUUAUGCAUUGUUUGUCAGAUGUUGCCAAUCUCGCGGGCUCUCAUCCCUUGUGGGCAUGCUUGUUUGUGCUCACUCUGUUUUGACAAGAUGAACACGUGCCCGAUGUGUCGUCAGCCAAUGACGUCAUCAUUUAUAUUACGAGAGGAACCAAAUUUGAACCAGAACAAUGAAUAUGAGUUUAGUGACAUUUUAAAACGAAUGAACCCAUUGGAAAUAAUAAGAGGAAUAUACAACGCCUCGUAAUAAAUAAAAAGUUAUCCAAGGAAUAAUAAUUUAGUUGUAGAUUAGUAACUACAGUCGAACCCCCAAGGGAACCAAAAAAUUGUUUGAGUAGCAGUACCUAUCAGCUUGUAGAACCUUUUACUACGUCUGUAUAUAUUAUAUAUAUACAGGUCACAUAUUGAUGCACAUGUUGUACAUCUGUUUUGAUACUACUUUUGGUGUAUCUUUUGUGCAUUUUCCUAAUAGCCUGAGUGAGUAAACAGCCGCCUAUUAUUGUUCGUUCCUCCCUAAUAGGUGGCUGUUUACUCAGGCUACACCUUACAUAGCCAAAGUGAGCUACUUUCCAGAUGGGUAUAUUCUGAUAAAGCCAAACUAAGAACUUUCCUCCUUUGACGAUUAAAGCAAGCUUUUAAUAGACAAGAAUAUUUUCUCAUCAACUAUCG